UCUCAUAAAUUCAUAAUUUAAACACCAAAGCAAUCGCUCGAGAGCCCUUAAUUAGAAACCUAUAGAUAUCUCUUCCUCUAUAUAUAUACGCAUAACAAAAGCUAAUUUUGUGAAGCCAUGUCAGGCGUUUGGGUGUUUAAUAAUGGAGUGAUACGUCUAGUGGAGAACCCAAACCAGUCCGGUGGGGUUGCUACUCAUCAGACGCACGGCCGGAGAAAUGUCUUGGUUUACUUGCCGACCGGUGAAGUCGUCUCGUCUUACUCGUCGCUUGAACAAAUCCUAAGGAGUCUCGGGUGGGAAAGAUACUUCCAUGGAGACUCCGAUCUCAUCCAGUACCACAAACGCUCAACCAUCGACCUCAUCUCCUUACCAAGAGACUUCUCCAAGUUCAACUCCGUUUACAUGUACGACAUCGUCAUCAAGAACCCUAAUUCCUUCCACGUCCGUGAUUUCAAUUGAAUUCCAUUACGGAAUUAACUCUCGACCAAGAGGUCUAGAGAUUGUGUUUGUCGCAACGGGAAAAUUCUAGACGUAAACUUGGUCGGAAUCUUCAGUGUGAAUGUGAUUCACGUACAAGUCAAAGAGAAUAUGUGUGCUUUCGAAAAACAAAGCGAUGACUAUUGGAUUAUCAUCACUUAGUUAGAUUGUGUUUAUUUGUUAAUAUGUGUUUAACUAUUGGUUUGAUUUUUAACUGGUUCUCCAAGUUUGUUGCAUGUGCAUGUGUAUGCUUCUUUAUUUUCAUUUUUUUGGGUGUGAGGCUUGUAUGUAUGGACAAGAGUAGUGUUGCAAAAGGUGGCACAUUACUUAAAACGUUGUUAUUUAUUUUUUGUUGUAGGCUUGUAGCUUUGUAAUUGUGGUGAUCAUGAGUGGUGAUCGAUGUAAUUAAGUUGUGUUCUUUUGGCUUUAAGCUAUAUUUGAUUUACAAAUUGGUGCGGAAGAGUUCCUUUUCAUUA